AUAAAUUCCAGGGGUAAUAAAUUGCACAGCUGCAAGAAAAUGAAUUUUUCAUACGAAAACGGCAACAGAAUUCUAAAAAUUUCGGAAUCAUAGUUGUUGAAACAAUGAGAGCCCUUGUGGUUUCCAUAUGGGUUUUCAUCAAUCUGGUGUUUUUUGGCAUGUGUGGGUAUAUGUACCUGCUAUGGUCACAAUACUGGAUGUUUAUGGAACGCCAGACGGGAACCACCACAUCAACAUAUGACCAACAAAUCUACUAUUACAAUCGUGGUUUUCUGCCCAACGAUACCAAUAAAACCCAUAACAUAACAGAGACCAAACUUAGAAGUAAACAUAGCCUUAAAGACAACAUCACAUUCACGUUAAUCAAAAAUAGCAAACCCAGAUUCCCCAAUCUCCAAGGCAAAGAUUUUGAGUUGGACACUAAAAAAUACAUUUGUCUGAAAAACGACACACCUAGUGACUGUUCAAAAAAAACUACAGAAUUCAAAGAAAAAAUUCUGAAGGAGUUACGGCGCGUUCUUGAGGACGAAAGCAACAUUCUUAAAAGUGCUGGAGAAAAUCCUUACAACGUCCAGUAUGAAGGCACUAAAGGAAAUUUUGGUGAUAAAGCAGCUAAAGAAAUUAUGUGCGAAUUAAAAAAACUUAGAGUGAAAACGUUGAAACGAGGCGAUGUAGUUGGAGGCCCUAAAAAUCUCGGCGAUUUUCUUCCAAAAAGAAGUCUGUUCGAGAACAAGAAAUUCAACAGUUGCGCUAUUGUUGCUAGUGCCGGUGCUCUUAAAGAUUCUAAUUUAGGCAAAACGAUUGAUUCUCAUGAUUUGGUGCUGCGUUUCAAUCACGCGCCGACGAAAGGUUUCGAAGAAGACGUAGGCAGAAAGACAACCGUGCGCUUAUUGAACUCCCAGGUGGUUACGAGGAAGGAGUUUAAUUUUCUUGAAUCAGAUAUUUAUAAAAAUGUAACGAUUGUGGCGUGGGAUCCGAGUAACUAUAAAGCGUCGCUUGAUGAGUGGCUUGAAAAACCCGAAUUUAAUUUAUUUCCUGCGUAUGUUGAAUACAAAAAGAAAAAUGACAAAGCUAGAUUUUUCUUAAUAAACCCACAAAGUUUGUGGGAGCUGUGGGAUUUUCUCCAAAAUAAUUCUCCAAAUCGGCUUAGACGAAACCCGCUCUCUUCCGGUUUUUUGGGUCUGGGCAUUCUGCUUCCCUUGUGCAACUUCAUCGACAUGUUCGAAUACGUUCCAUCAGCUCGGGCCACAAAACGUUGCCACUACUACGACCCUGAAGAUAAUCCUGCUUGCACUUUCGGAGUUUGGCAUCCACUUGCCGCUGAAAAACUCCUUACUUAUCAUAUUAACACGAUCGACGAUCAAAAGGUUUUCCAGAGCGGUUAUGUUCGAAUUCCAGGAUUUAAAAAUUUUAGAUGUUGAAUCGUUAGGAAGUUUUUAGUUUUUUUCGUUGGAACUUUUUAAACUGAACUUAGAUCUAUCGACGUCAAUUAAUUACGAACUGCAGAUGUGGUCUUUGAUGAUUCAUCGAGAUUUUUGUCGGUUAAUUUCCGCUUUUGCGUAUUACUGUGUGAGUUAUAAGCGGUUUUGCGGUUAAUUCGAGAACAUCAAACAGCUAGACGACGUUUCCGGAAUUUCUGAGUUUUCAGACAAAAGGUUUUUGAACGCAGUUUGAAUAUUUGACACUUCCAAAGAUUUAUUGUUGAACGUUCUCUUUUUUGGGUUUUCAUUUUUUUGAAGUAAAUAGUGUUAGUUAAACAAAAUGAAAAAUUAGUUGAUAAUAAUAUAAUAAAUUUACACAAUUUUAUCACUAAAAAGUGUCUAUUAUUGUUAAGUGCUUUACAGAUGCUUUUGCUUAGACUGUAAUUUUUACUGUUUGCGUUUUCUUUUAUUUGAAUUAUACAAGUUGCUCCAGUAAAUAAAUUCUUAUGAUUAUCUUCGUUCCGCAUAUAAUAUAAGGAUAGCUUUAAGCAUUGGUACUAAUGUAAAAUGAGUUUAUUUAUUUUACAUUAUGAAUUAUGUCUUAAGAAACGACUCGAUUACAAAAAUUGUGUUAAUUUUUGAAAAUAUAGUAGCAUCUAAAAUGCAUACAGUAUUUUUUCCUAUCAUAUCGUUGAAAGUUUUUUUUCAUUGCAUAUUACAAAAUUUUUAAUGUAAUUUAACUGCUUUAAGAAAACAUAAAAUCUGAGGUAUUUGAGAGAUUUUGAUAAAUUUCUUUCUCCCUCUGAAAAUUUCACAUACAUUAUUCAUCAUUUUUCAACAUAUUAUAUAAAAAUUGUGCUACUAUAUUAAUCAAAAAUCACAUCAACGUGUUUUUCUCAAAUUUAAUUCUUAGUUCUUACAAAAAUUUCACAGCAUAAGUACACACUCUACGUAGGUACUGUAAUAAUGAACAACUCAGUUACGUAAAUGCGACUACGAAAAAAUUAUUCUUAAAAAACAGUAAUUUCUUGGUUUAACACAUUCGAUUAAAUACUUAUAUUUGCACUUUCUCUCUAUUAGAUUUUAUAUUUGGCGGGUUUGUUUUUUUAACGUAUUCUGGCAUCAAAUCUAAAAAAAUUCAAUGAUUUACGGAAUAAGGAAUGUUUUAAAUUUUUAUUAUGUGGAAGUAUUAUGAAAAUAUUAGUUAAGAACGUCGACAUCGCAUCUUUAAAUAACACAAGAUCUUUAUAUUAAAGCAUUGCUUGUAUUCUUAUUUGCAACUUUUCUUACAAAGAACAUUGUUGGAUAUUGAAUUACAACCUUAUAGUCUUGAAUUAUUAAAGAUAUGAAUUCUUAUUUCACAAACAACCGACAACGGAUUUUGGAAGUAUUCAUAUCUGCUUAGAUUUUUAAUAAUUAUUAAGCCAUUAGUGGAUACUAUUUAUUUAGGAUAUUUUUUUUUGUAUUUAUUGUAAUAUAGGUAUAAAAAAUAAAUAUAGCUAUAGUUUGUUAUAUUGCUGAAGUUUCAGUAACAAUGUUAAACAUAUUUCCGUACACCAUAGAAGGAGUUUUUGUAUUUUAAAAUGCAUUGGUGGUUUGCUAGGUUUCUUCGGAAAUAAUUGUAGUGUAAAACGAAUCUUGUGAUAUACAUUUGAUGGUGAUAAUUUAAAAUUUAAACUAUUUAAUGUAGUUGUUAAUUAGGAUGGCGAAAUAUUAUUGUAAUGUAUUGUAAAAAUCAUGAAAUA